AUUUUACUUCAUAAUUACAAAAUCAACAAAUAUACAUGUAUUUUUUUUUCCACAUACAAACAGUUUUCCAUCCAUCAGCAUUUUUCUGGGGUUACAUCUAUAUAUAUAUAUAUAUAUAUAUAUAUAUAACUAAUUUUGACUGCGUAAAUAUUCAACAAACAAACGUGCAUUCCCAACUUUUUCAACGAUAUAAACUGUAGUAUUCUCAAGGCCGUUUGCAUUCCAAAUUACAACAAUUCCUAAACAUGAAGUACUUCGCUCUCGCAUAUCCAUUUCCUGGUUCAUAUACCAUCUUUGCCUUACUGUUUUUCCUCUUGUCUCUUCUAUGGAUAUCAAAGAGAGUCCAUAGAAACACAAAAAAAGCACCCCCAGAAGCAGCCGGCGCUUGGCCGUUGCUCGGCCACCUUCCAGUCUUAGGAAGCCAAAAACCAGCCCACAUGACUUUGGGAAACAUGGCCGACAAGUAUGGACCAGUGUUCACAAUCAAGCUCGGCGUACACCGAGCCUUGAUUGUAAGCAGUUGGGAGAUUGCUAGAGAGUGUUUCACCACCAACGACAAAGCGUUCGCCAACCGACCCAAAUAUCUAGCAGCCGAGCUUAUGGGCUAUAACUUGGCCAUGUUCGGUUUCAGCCCAUACUGGCGCCAAGUCCGCAAGAUUGCCACGCUCGAACUCUUAUCAAAUCACCGGCUUGAGAUGCUCAAGAACGUACGAGAAUCAGAGGUGAGAGCUUCCAUAGAUGAGAUAUAUGAACUGUGGAAGAAGAAAAAGGAAGAAAGUAAUUCGGGAAAGGUUUUGGUGGAGAUGAGGAGGUGGUUUGGGGAUACAACUUUGAAUGUCAUAUUGAGGAUGGUGGUUGGGAAGCGAUUCGCUGGGGCUACAACGCAGGCAGAGAAGGAGGAGAGUGAAAGAUGCAGUAAAGCGAUAAGGGAAUUUUUCAAACUGGGUGGGGAGUUUGUGAUAUCGGAUGCUCUUCCGUUUCUAAGACGGUGGGAUUUGGGUGGACAACAGAAGGCCAUGAAAGAGACAGCCAAAGAGCUUGAUGGUGUUCUUGAAAUAUGGUUGGAACAACAUAAGCAGAAGAAAAUCUCUGGUGAGGUCGCAGGCGAGAAUGAUUUCAUGGAUAUGAUGCUUUCCGUUCUUGAUGAUGAUAACGCGGAAGAGCAAUCUCCCUCUAGUUAUGGUGUCGAUACAAUUAAUAAGGCUACAUGCUUGGCUCUAAUACUGGGGGGAACAGAUACCACAUCAGUGGCUUUAACAUGGGCUCUAUCUCUGCUACUCAAUAAUCGGCAAGUCUUAAAAAAAGCACAAGAUGAAUUAGAGCACCAGGUGGGCAGAGAAAGGGCAUGUGAAGAAUCGGACAUCAAGAACCUUGUUUAUCUCCAAGCCAUAAUCAAGGAAACACUGCGUCUCUAUCCCUCGGCACCACUCUCUGUACCGCACGAAUCCAUACAAGACUGCACAGUCGGUGGCUAUCACAUACCUGCAGGCACACGCCUUCUUGUGAAUUUAGCAAAGUUACAUAGGGACUCAAGGGUGUGGACCAAUCCUAACCAAUUUCAACCUGAAAGAUUUCUUACAAGUACUUGCAAAGACUUCGAUGUUAGGGGCCAGAAUUUCGAGUUCAUACCAUUUGGAACUGGUAGAAGAGUCUGUCCUGGGAUAUCAUUUGCUCUUCAAGUUAUGCAUCUUUUAUUGGCUAAUUUGCUACAUGCUUUUGAAAUUACAACUCCAUUAGAUGAACCAGUGGAUAUGGGUGAGACUUCUGGAAUAACCAAUAUGAAAGCUACCCCGCUUGAGGUUGUUCUUGGUCCACGGAUUUUUGCUUGGUAAACAUUGUAAGAAUUUGGAAUUGGAAGUUAAAUUAAUUUGUGCAAUUUGGAUAAUAUUUUGUAGCUAAUGAUUAUAAAUUAACAUUUGUAGACUUGAUAACACUAUUUAAGAUAAAUAAACGUUUAGGUUUAAAGUUUAAAGCAAAGGUAAAAAUGCCAUCUCUUCCCAAAUUGUAAUAAAAGAAAGAAAAAAAAAAAAAA